ACUUAUAUGAGGGAGCUAAUUGCAAAAAGAUAACUGCUACAACCAUAAUAAAGAGUUAUCCAUCCAAAUAUUCCGUUGUUGUGGCUGUGGCGCGCAUCCAUGGCCACUGCCUUCUUCAGCUGCGGCCCGUUCUUGCACCACCACUCUUAUUUCUGCAAAUCCUUCUUUUGCUGCUCCAACGAUGCCGAUGCUUCAUCUACGUGGUCAUUACCGAAAUCAACUAGUAGCUCUUACACCCGUCGAUGGUACAACCCCUCCAGCCGAAUACAAUUGAACGAAGGUGUUCAAAUUCUGCGCCACUGGAUUGAGGCGGAUCAACCUUCCGCUUCUGAAGAAAAAUUUAGAGUGGUAUCAUACAACAUACUGGCGGAAAGGAAUGCAUGGAAACACAGAGGUUUAUAUCCCAACGUUCCUUCACCAUACCUGAAAUGGAACCAUCGUAAGAGAGUUAUAUGCGAGGAACUUCUUAUCUGGAACCCCGAUAUAAUCUGCUUGCAGGAAGUGGACAAGUAUUUUGAUGUUUCAGAAAUCAUGGAGAAAGCAGGUUACGUUGGGUCAUACACGAGACGCACCGGUGAUGCUAUUGAUGGAUGUGCUAUAUUCUGGAAAGCUGACAAGUUUCGACUGAUAGAUGAAGAGAGCAUCAAAUUCAAGAUGUUCAAUCUUCGCGACAAUGUUGCUCAACUUUCUGUGCUAGAGAUGUCCAAAGCUAAAUCAAGAAGAUUACUGAUUGGUAACAUCCAUGUGCUUUACAACCCAAGCAGGGGGGACGUCAAAUUAGGUCAAAUUCGUUAUCUGCUGUCAAGGGCAGAGAUUCUUUCUGAGAAAUGGAGCAAUCUUCCUUUUGUUCUUGCUGGUGAUUUCAAUAGUACUCCUGAGAGUGCAAUAUACAAGUUCUUAUCAUCAUCCGAGCUAAAUUUCAUGUCCUAUGACCGAGGAGAAUUAUCUGGCCAAUCGGGAUGUCAUCCUGCUGAAGUUCUGGGUGUAAAAAAGAAAUCGUGCAGACCUUUUUUCUCCUUGGAAAGUCAAACAAAAGGAUUCUGGACUGAAGAAGAGGUGAAAGUUGCUACAGGCAGUGCUGACUGCCAAGUGGUGAGAAAUCCCUUUAUGCUAACCAGCUCCUAUGCUACACUCAAAGGUUCUAGUACAACACGGGGACCCACAGGUGAACCAUUGGCUACUUCAUACCACUCCAAGUUUCUUGGAACUGUGGAUUAUAUUUGGUGUUCUGAUGGUCUUAUUCCUACGAGGGUUGUUGAUACUGUUCCCAUUGAUAUUCUUCUGAAAACAGGCGGCCUUCCAUGCGAGGUAGUUAAAGAAGGUGGGCAGCGAUCAUUUACCGUUAGUUUCUGAAAUUGCCUUCACGAGAACAUCAGAAGAAAGCAAUAGCCAAUAACUACAUCUAUAAGUGAUGAUUUCAGACUUUCAGCAAAAUAGCUAUCAAAGUAAGCACAAUAAUUGGCGGACUGCCUUAAAACAUAUAUGAACUUUGCUUGAAUGAAACUAAAAGUGGACUCCAGGUUUCUUUUAUUUGCAUUUAGAUAGAGAAUUUGAAAUACAUACUGGUAUUCUUUGUAAACUAUAGGUGAAUCAGAUAUAGAUCAUAAUAUUCAAAGCUUCAGUUGGAUACUUGGUUUUGUACUUAUGUUGUAUUGAUAUUUUCUAUCUGUUCAGUAGAAAAAAGUGGGUUGUGGAUUUGAACUUCCGACCUUAAGAAAAUCAUGAAAAUCAUGAGUACGUGUCAACAAAUGCUGAGUUCUUUUUGA